AUGAGUGAGAGCACAGGCACAAAGCAGCACCAAGUUUUUGAUGUUUCCCUUAAUGUCCCUCCUCAGCCUGGCUCCAAGCUUUAUGAUGAUGAUGGCAAGCUCAAAAGAACUGGGACUGUUUGGACGGCGAGUGCUCAUAUCAUAACAGCUGUGAUUGGAUCCGGCGUUCUAUCGCUGGCAUGGGCCACGGCCCAGUUGGGUUGGGUAGCAGGCCCAACCAUGCUGUUCCUUUUCUCGUUCGUGACUUAUUACACUUCUGCCCUUCUGGCGGCCUGUUACCGGGCCGGCGACCCGGACAACGGCAAGAGAAACUACACUUACAUGGAUGCUGUUAGGGCCAAUUUAGGUGGUUUUCAGGUGAAGGUUUGUGGGGCAAUUCAGUAUGUGAAUCUUUUUGGUGUUGCUAUUGGAUACACAAUUGCUUCAUCUAUAAGUAUGAUGGCAAUUGAGAGGUCUAAUUGUUUCCACACAAGAGGAGACAAUAGUCCCUGCAGAGUUUCAAGCAAUCCUUACAUGAUUGCAUUUGGUGUGAUUGAAAUAAUUUUCUCACAAAUCCCAGAUUUCGAUCAGAUUUGGUGGCUUUCGAUUGUUGCUGCCAUUAUGUCGUUUACUUACUCCACGAUCGGCUUAGGCCUUGGCAUCGCAAAAGUCGCAGAAUCCGGUGAAUUCAGGGGAAGCCUUACCGGAAUUAGCAUUGGCACGGCCACCGCCUCCGGCUCGAUCACGGAGAUGCAAAAGAUUUGGAGAAGCUUUCAAGCUCUUGGUGCCAUAGCUUUUGCCUAUUCUUACUCUCUUAUCCUUAUUGAAAUUCAGGAUACGAUCAAAUCCCCACCGGCUGAGCACAAGACAAUGAAAAAGGCGACCUUCAUAAGCGUGGCCGUCACCACAAUUUUCUACAUGCUUUGCGGUUGCUUCGGGUACGCGGCGUUCGGGGACUUGUCUCCGGGCAACCUCCUCACGGGCUUCGGGUUUUACAAUCCUUAUUGGCUUCUCGACAUAGCGAAUGCCGCAAUUGUGAUCCACCUCAUUGGAGCUUACCAAGUCUAUUGCCAACCCCUCUUUGCCUUCAUCGAGAAAACGGCAUCCAACUAUUUUCCCGAUAACAAAUUCAUCACAAAAGAAAUCUCGAUCCCAAUUCCCGGGUACAAGCCCUUGAAGCUCAGCUUGUUUAGGCUUGUUUGGAGGACCAUUUUCGUGGUGAUCACGACCGUGAUCUCGAUGCUAAUGCCGUUUUUCAACGAUGUCGUGGGGAUAUUGGGGGCUUUAGGGUUUUGGCCGUUGACGGUUUAUUUCCCGGUCGAGAUGUACAUCGUGCAAAAGAGGAUACCCAAGGGGAGUUCGAGGUGGGUGUGCCUUCAAAUUCUUAGUAUGGCGUGUUUGGUUAUAUCGAUCGCGGCUGGCGUGGGGUCGGUGGCCGGAGUUGUUGGUGAUCUCAAGACUUACAAGCCUUUCAAGACUAGUUAUUGA